GAACAUUGCUUCAUGUGGAAGAAUGAUCUUUUACGUUUGGUUAAUUGACUAGUACUUUAUCUGAUCCUUAAUUUCCUUUAUUGCAUGCCUUAAUAUAUAUAGUAUUCAUGAGCAGCCUUUAUAACACAAUUAAGUAUUCGAUUCAUACUUCAACAGGCACCAAGCAUUCUGAUCUCUCUCCCUCCCCCACCUCUAUAUAUAAUAUACUUGACCAACUUCUUUAAAGUAUCAAAUAGCAGUAAAGUAUUUUCUUUGGAAUUGUUUUACGUACCUCGAAAAGAUGGGAGACGACAUGAUCAGCAUCAACCAGCUUCCUCCUGGUUUUCGAUUCUGCCCAACCGAUGAAGAACUUGUCCUUCACUUUCUCUUUCAAAAGGCUUCACUCUUAUUAAUACCAUGCCAUCCCAGCAUUAUUCCGGAUCUCGAUCUUUGUCUGCAAUAUGAUCCUUGGGACUUCAAUGGUAAGACAUUUUCCAGUGGAGGGAUAUUCUACUUCUUCAGCAGGGUGACAGAAAAUCGAGUCACUAAGAAUGGGUAUUGGAAGGAUUUAGAUGUUGAUGAAAUUGUACUCACAAGUGGUGGAAAGAAAGUGGGAAUCAAAAGAUACUUUGUUUUCUGCGUUGGACAUGCUCCAGCCGGCUUUGAAACGUCUUGGAGAAUGCAAGAAUAUCAUCUUUAUAACUACGGGGAUUGUGGUAAAUGGGUUUUGUGCCGAGUUCAUGAGAGGGAACAGGGCAAUUUUGGAGAUCACAACUACAUGAGCGACAACGAAGAUAAUAGAACAGAACUUUCAAGCCCAGAUGAAAUCUGUCUAGCGAUCAUGGAUGAUGAUCUUGAUGAAAGAAAUUUUGCCUAAGGCCGAGUACUUAAUUUUGGUGUUGAAUUAAUGGGGAUUAGCUAUAACUACGUACCCAUCGAGACGUUAUAAUAUUUAUUGUUAAUAUUACUACUUAUACUAUUAUCAUAUUAUAGAUUAUGAGGAUGAUGAUGAUCAUGAUCAUGAGCUUUAGAUUGCUAUAAAUUGUUAGGCCUUGUGAUUACUUUAGAUCAUGUGAAGCUUAGCGAGAGAGUUAGAUUGAUAUCUAUCUAUUUUGGAAAUAUGAUGCAUAUAUGGGUUCCGAUCUCUUUAGAUUUGCUAGCUAGCUAAGAAAGAAGCUAGCAAUUCGCAUGCAUGCAUGAUGUUGUGUAAUGCUUUUAAAUUCAGUAAUCAGAUUAUUAAGUUCUUAUAAGAUAA